AUGAUUUCAAUCAGGGGUCUUUUACAAAUUCUUACCCUUCCAGCUAGGCUUCUUUGGGUGGUUGUAAAAUAUCCAUUCGUGGGAGGAGUUAAUAAAAAAUUUGAGCACAGUUUAGCCAAUUCGUUAAAAAUUGAACUUUGUCGGUUUGCGUUAACUUUGUCAGUUCAUGACUCGGCUUAUAUCGCCAAUACCACUACACAAUCUGUCAUUGAUAAAUUGAAACCAUGGUAUCCCAGGGUAACCAACUUGAACAACUAUGGCAAAAGGUAUGAUAAUCAGAGUAUAUGGUUAGUUGAAGCACCAAAUAGAACCAAAUCUGAUCCAAUUAUCAUUUAUUUACAUGGAGGUGGCUAUUUUAUAAACACAAGUCCGUUCCAAAUUGAAUCGGUUUUAAGCAUGUAUAGUUUGCUUGAUGAGAAAAAAAGGCAAAAGACAUCAAUAUUGGUUUUGGAUUAUAAGUUGGCAUGCCAUGGACACUUGGUGGGUACACAGUUAUACGAAUUAGCUGCAACAUAUGAAAAAUUGGCCUCAGAAAGGAACGACAACUUUGUUUUAAUGGGUGAUUCCGCUGGUGGCAACUUGGCAAUUGCCUUUUUGCAAUACUUGAAACAAGAAAAGAAUACCAAACUACCAUGGCCCAAGUCAUCCGUGUUGAUUAGUCCUUGGGUUAAGUUGGUUGGUGAUAAGGAGCAAUUCACUAAAGGACAUUCUUACCACGACAAUGAAAAGUACGAUAUGCUUAGCUCAAAUUUUGCCAAAGAUCCUGUACGUCAAACUGAACUACUUGGUAAAAGAAGCCCCGCCGAUUUGUUGAUCUCACCAGGAAAUUUGCCAUACAAACCCAGUGAUUGGAAUGAUAUCCCCACAUUAAACAACAAGGGAUACUCAACAUUUGUUAUUCUUGGUGAACAUGAGGUUUUUAGAGAUGAUAUUUUAGAAUGGUGCAAAUAUGCCAUUAAAUCACAUUUGGUACCACAGACACAGGACUCGGGUGGAAUUUUCAACUCCGAAGUACAAGAAUACAAAAGUCAAGGAGUUGGUGAUGCGUAUGUUGAUGUUGUUGUUGAACCUUGGGGUAUUCACGACUCGGUUUUGUUUUUCGAGAAUAACGUUAUCAAGAAGUUGGAGAAACAGCCACUGUUAAAGUUGAGCGACUUGGAUGAUAAGGAGUAUUUUGGAAUUGUUAGGAUUACAAAGUUUUUAGACAAGACAUUAUAA